AUGAGCACAAAGUCAACGCUCGCCUAUGGCGUCCGGUACACGCCCGACUCGCCAGCGAACCCCGUGGAUGCAUUGAUCUCGUCUGCCGCCAGGGUGCUCUUUCAGACAAUCCACAGUUACUCCUGUCGCUACGUUCGCGUUCAGUGGGUUGACCUUAUCAAUACUGCCCGGUUUCGAGUCCUACCCCUACAGCACUUUCAAAAGCUCUUUACGGCCGAGCGAGCUGGCGUAUGUCUGACCCAUGCAACGUUGGGUCUUGUAGGCCCCGGGAUCACCCCAGGGUUCUCCGGUACAGGCGAGUAUCUACUUGUCAUCGAUCCAGCCAGCGUCCGUCCAUGCGUUUUUGCGCCUGAGCAUGCCGUCGUCAUGGGCUGGAUACAGGAAAAGGUGCCAUCUCCUUCGACAGGUAUAGUAUGCGAUUUGUGUCCGCGGACGAUGUUGAAUCGAAUCGUUGCCGAUGCACAACAAAGGGCUGGUUUGAAGUUUCUCGCCGGAUUUGAGUCCGAAUUCAUCCUUCUCAGCGAGACCUCUCCGAGACCCGUGUUUGUCAAUCAUGCAGACUGGUCCACUUCUGCUAAGCUGCUAGCUGGUCGGAAAGAGACCGUAGUUCUCGAGGAGAUCGUUGAUGCACUCAUGGGAGCAGGGAUAGAAGUGCAGAUGUAUCAUGCGGAAGCGGCUCCUGGACAGUACGAGAUCGUAACAGGGCCUCUACCUCCGUUGGAAUCGGCUGAUGCCAUCGUACAUACCCGCGAGACCAUCCGGAAUGUCGCUAGCAAGCACGGUCUCCACGCAACAUUUGCACCACGUUUGCACUCGGACAACUGUGGCAGCGGUGCACACAUGCACCUGUCCAUGCACUCCGCCAUGCCGAAAGCGCUACGCGCAUCCGACGCAUCUCGUGGACCCACGCUCACCCCCACCGAACGGUCGUUCCUACAAACGCUCUUAGCGCACUUACCGUCGCUGUGCGCACUGAUGCUACCCACGGCCGCAUCUUAUGCACGUGUCGAGGAUGGAAUCUGGUCUGGCGGAACAUAUUCAUGCUGGGGUACGGACAACAAGGAGGCACCGGUGCGGCUGUGUGGGCCCGGCGGAGAACACCACCUCGAACUCAAGUGUGUGGAUGGGACUGCAAAUCCGUAUCUUGUCCUAGCGGGUGUUUUGGCAGCAGGUAUGCGUGGGGUGGCGGAGGGCGCGUUACUGACUGUGGGCGAUUGUGAGGUGCCUGUGGCAUUGAUGAACGAUGAGGAGCGGAAGGCUGUGGGGCUCCAGAAUCCUGGGAGGCUACCAAGGACAAUCAAGGAUGCAAGGGAGCUGUUGAGAAAAGAUGACCAUUUGCGAGGGGUCCUGGGCGAGAAUUUCGUCGCGAAGUUUACUGCAGUGAACGAGGUAUUGGAAGCCCAUUUGCAGGCAGAGUCCGCAGAGGCAACUGUCGCCCGCUUGGUCGGGCCGACUAACCAUAAUCACGACACAUUCCCCGCUAACCACGCUGCGGUCACUUUUGUCGGCCGACCCUUCCCGCUAGAAGAAGCCCCAGAGCAUUUUUCUCGACUACGUCGAUGGGGCUUGACAUUCAUCAGAUUUCUGCUCACAUGGGAAGCCGUAGAACACGCAGGCCCAGGCAUCUAUGACAUGGAAUAUCUCGAUUAUGUCCGGGAGCUACUUUCGGUAUUACCACAAUAUGGCAUCACCGCAUUCGUCGUGAUGCAUCAGGAUGUCUGGUCGCGCUAUUCUGGCGGAUCAGGAAGUCCUGCAUGGACGCUUGAAACCGUAGGGUUCGAUCUACAUGGCUUGGAAGAACCUGGUGCUGCAUGGCUGAAGGGAGUCAAGGGCGGCGGGCACGUAGAGGAAGAACGGGGUCUGUGGCCGUGUGGAUACCAGAAGCUGGCCGCUGCUACUAUGGCUACCUGUUUCUGGGCAGGAGACACGUUCGCCCCCAAGCUCAAAGUCAAGGACGCUAAUGGCAAGGAAAUCUCCAUACAAGCAUUCCUGCAGAACGCAUUUCUGAAUAUGUGGGAGGUUGUUGCGAAGACUUUAGGUGACCUAGAAGGUGUCUUGGGCUUUGAGAUGAUGAAUGAACCGCAUAGAGGUUAUGUAGAGCUCCAAUCAAUGCAUGCAUUCGAUUAUAAUACCGAUCUUCAUCUUGGUCACGUUCCAACCGCUUUCCAAUCAUUCACACUCGGUGCUGGCCACCCGACUGAGAUCGGCUUUUGGACCCGGUCCUUCCCCAUGCCAACCCGCCUGACGUCCAAAGGUGUUCUUAACACCGCCAGACAGAGGGCCUGGCGAGAUAAUGGGCCUACACAAGGAAAGUGUCUGUGGGAGAUGCAUGGCGUGUGGGGAUGGGACAAGAUCAAGGAUGAGGGCGUCGUGCUCCGGGAAAGUUACUUCACCAAAGACCCCGUGUCGGGGCGCAAGGUUGAUUGGUAUACCGACUUCUACUUCCCAUUUGUGAAGACGUGGACGGACCGUGUGCGCAGUGCGUCUAGCCCGAACAUGAUUGUCUUCAUCGAGCCGAUUCCGAAUGAGUUCUGCCCUACUUCAUGGACGCCCGAGCGACGGCCUACCGAUAUGGCCUUUGCUCCACAUUGGUAUGACUUGAACGCUUUGUUUGCGAAGGCUUUCGGAGACUUCACUGUGAAUGUCCAGGGCCUUUCGAGAGGCAUGUUCCCGCUCAAGGCGUUCUACUGGGGUCACCAAGGUGCCAGAGACAACUUCUCGUUGCAAAUCCGAAACUUGGUUGAAGCUGGAUAUCGCUCACUUGGAGAAACUCCCGUCAUCAUUGGAGAAUGCGGGAUUCCAAUGGACAUGAACAAAGGCGAGUCAUUUCAAACGGAUAGAUGGACGUGGCAGACGCGCAUGAUGGAUGCCAUGGUCACUGCACUUGAACAAUCGCUCGUUGGAUUCACUCUCUGGAAUUACAAUCCGGACAACGAUGAUACCAGGGGCGACGACUGGAACGGGGAGAAUUUCUCCUGGUACAGUAGACGUCGUGGUCUGCCCGCCUCCUGGCUCGACUUCAAACAAACCUCGGCAACGCUGGACAAUGGCGCGCGCAUCUUGCGCGCCACUGUCCGUCCCUACCCCGCGAAGACGGCAGGGAUUCCGCUCAAGUUCGACUACGAGAUGAACACUGGGAGGUUCACAUUUGAGUGGGUCGUCCCCAGUGACCUAUCGAAGAAAGGAUCGGGUGCAAGUGCAAGUGUUCAGCAGCCGCCGGUAGCUGGGCACCCCGCCCUGACGAGUAAGGACACCGAGAUAUUCAUGCCGUCGAUGCUCGCGCGCGAACGACAGAUUGUCAUAGAGGGACUCGGGCAGGAUGAUCGCUACCGCUACGACGAGCAGCGCCAGACGUUGACGGUCACGACAGGCGCCCUCACGCCUGGCCAGGUGCAUCGUAUCGUGGUGUCGCUCAAGCCUCCGCUGAAGGCAUCGUUUGAGGUCAAUAGCUUCUGGGACGACUUUGGCGGGCACAUUCUCGGCGCAGCGGUGGUCAUCUCAUCCUUACUGAUUUACAUAUUGCUGUCAAACAUAUCUGUUUAG